UUUUCAGCCGCGGUUUAAUAGUUGUUGUCAAGAGGAUCUCAGUGCUGUUUGCCGGAGGGAUGUGGAGGUGAUGGGGACCCGGGGAGGGUUUCUUGGAGUCUCUGUGGAGCCCCUGGGCCAGACCCCAUAGUGAAGGCUGCAGGAUCUUCCUUCAGGCCCCAGCAGCUCUGGUUGAGUCCACAGGUGCCCACCUGACCUCGGGUUCCUGGGAAGAGUGGAGUUGUCAGCAAGAGAGCCCGGGUGCUUAGGCCCAGGGGGAAGAUGCCAGCCAACCGGUGCGCUCCUGGGCCAUCCCUGGCCCUGACUACAGGGGGAUGUGACAACUCCUGUGAGGUGUCAGUGUCCUUUGAGGACGUGACUGUGGACUUCAGCAGGGAAGAGUGGCAGCAGCUGGAUUCUACUCAAAGGCGCCUGUACCAGGACGUGAUGCUGGAGAACUAUAGCCACCUCCUCUCACUGGGGUGUGAAAUUCCCAAGCCAGAGGUCAUCUUCAAGUUGGAGCAAGGAGAGGAGCCUUGGACGUUGGAGGAGGAAACCCCACAUCAGAGCUGCUCAGAUGGAAAGUUUGGGAUUAAGACCUCACAAAAAAGAAUUUCUGGAAAAGCUUCAUUUCAUACUGAAAUGGAGGGUGAAGAUACAAGAGAUGAUUCAUUGUAUUCCAUUUUAGAAGAACUGUGGCACGGUGCUGAACAGAUAAAAAGCUAUCAGGAAAAACAGAACAAACCUCUGAGUCAUGCUGCUUUCAUCAAUAAGAAAAUGUUGAAUACAGAAUGGGAUUAUGAAUAUAAAGACAGUGGAAAAUUUGUUCAUCCAGGCCCAAAUCUUAUUCCUUCACAGAAAAGAUCCCAUAAACGUGACUCAUUUGGAAAGAGUUUAAAGUAUAAUUUAGAUGUACCUAUUCAUAAUAAAAACAAUGCAACAAAGAACUUUGAUAAAAUUAUUGGACACGGUCAAGUUUUCACCCAGAGCUCUUCUUAUACUAACCAUGAAAAUACACAUACAGGAGUGAAAUUCUGUGACAGCAAUCAGUGUGGCAAAGUCUUCAGCCUCAAACAAGCACUCAGUCACAAUCUGAAAUUUCCUGUUGGGGAGAAAGCAAAUAUGUGUACUGAACUUGGGAAGAUCUUCACCCAGAGGUCACACCUCUUUGCACCUCAGAGAAUUCAUACUAUGGGAAAACCUCAUGAACUUAGCAAAUGUGUGAAUGUUUUUACACAGAAGCCACUACUCAGUAUAUAUUUGAGAGUUCAUAGAGAUGAAAAACUAUAUAUAUGUUCUGAGUGUGGGAAGGCAUUCAUCCAAAAUUCAGAAUUAAUUAUGCAUGAGAAAAUUCAUACUAGAGAAAAACCCUAUAAAUGUAGUGAAUGUGGAAAAUCAUUUUUCCAAGUGUCAUCUCUACUUAGGCAUCAGACAACCCAUACUGGAGAAAAACUUUAUGAAUGCAGUGAAUGUGGGAAAGGCUUCUCCCUGAACUCAGCCCUCAAUGUACAUCAGAAAAUUCAUACUGGAGAGAGACACCACAAGUGCAGUGAGUGUGGGAAAGCCUUUACCCAAAAAUCAACGCUCAGAAUGCAUCAGAGAAUUCAUACAGGAGAGAGAUCCUACAUAUGUACUGAAUGUGGACAGGCCUUCAUCCAAAAGGCACACUUGAUUGCACAUCAAAGAAUUCAUACUGGAGAGAAGCCUUAUGAAUGCAGUGACUGUGCGAAAUCUUUCCCUUCUAAGUCACAACUCCAGAUGCAUAAGCGAAUUCACACAGGAGAGAAACCCUAUAUAUGCACUGACUGUGGGAAGGCCUUUACCAACAGGUCAAAUCUCAAUACUCACCAGAAAUCUCAUACUGGAGAGAAGUCUUAUAUAUGUGCAGAAUGUGGGAAAGCCUUCACAGACAGGUCAAAUUUCAAUAAACACCAGACAAUUCAUACUGGAGAGAAACCCUAUGUCUGUGCUGAUUGUGGGAGGGCCUUCAUCCAGAAGUCAGAGUUAAUUACACAUCAGAGAAUCCAUACUACAGAGAAGCCUUAUAAAUGUUCUGACUGUGAGAAAUCCUUCUCCAAGAAACCACAUCUCAAAGUACAUCAGCGAAUUCACACAGGAGAGAAACCAUAUAUAUGUGCAGAAUGUGGGAAAGCUUUCACUGACAGGUCAAAUUUCAAUAAACACCAGACAAUUCAUACUGGAGAGAAACCCUAUAAAUGUAGUGACUGUGGAAAGGGCUUCACUCAGAAAUCAGUUCUGAGUAUGCAUCGCAAUAUUCAUACAUGAAAGUAACCCUGUUUCUUGAAAAUGAGAAAACCUUAUCACAGAAAUCAGGUCUAAGUGUGUAUUAUAAAAUUCAACCAAGACCGAUCAUAUAUGAAUACAUUGUAUAAUAAAAAGAAUUCAUCAGGCUCUUUAACCUGAGAUGAGAAAAAUUAUUUGGAAGAGACCCUCUAAGAAUGCACUGAAUGAAGGGGAACUUCCAUAUUUUCACAGCCUCACAAAAUAUAAUAGAAUUCAUACUGGGGAAAAUGCUGUCAGUUUGAGGCAUUAGGAAAAGCCUUCCUGUACAAAGUAUUAUAUAAGGCAAGUUAUUACCAAAUUCUUUACAGAUGGAGUAUGCAAAAUUAUAUAAAUGACUGUAAUGUUUACUGUGUUAUAUUAAGCAAUUUAAAGUGGCAACAAAACAAAAGGUAGGACAACAAAAUGAUAUAUUUAAUGUGUAGACCUGCUCUCAGUUCUGUAGGGUAUUUGUAGCAGAACACAUUGCACAAUGGGAGGAAUAAUUGAAUUAAAAUUUUUUUUAGAUUUAAUGUAAUUGUGUCUAUCAAAUAUGUUUCCUAUUGAAUAUUUUGCUCAUGUGAAUCCACAGUUUUAAAGUCAUUAUGGUUUUAUAUAUACACACAUCUGCUGAUAUAAUUUUACAUGAACACAUAAAUAUAAUCCUAUCAUUCAUACUGGUUUCCAUGACAUCAUAUUUUUAUCUUCCUUCAUUGUGGUACAAUGCAAAAUAGCCACAGAUCUCUCCCAUCCUUUUUUUAUGCACCCCCCCCCUUUGUAAUAUUACUCUGUUGUUUUUCUUAUUAAGAGGUAGAGCUGUCUCUCUACUCCUUGACUCUGAGCUUGGCCAUGUGACUUGUUUUGGCCAAUGUACAUUAACAAAGAGAUUCAAGAAGAUGCUGGGGAAGUGUGUAAAGCCUGCCUCGAGUCUUACCCUCUCUUGCUGCUCUUUGGAAUUCCAAGACCUUCGUGUGAAGAAACUCAUUACUGAGGGAUGAGAAGCCACAUGGAACAGAGAUGAACCAGGCCAGCUGAAGCCCCUUAGACCAAAUGCCAGACAUGGGAGUGAGGCCUUCAUCAACCUUCAGCCCCAGCCACGCCAGCCCACACCAGAAGAGCCACACCAGUUAUCCCAGCCAACCUGGAGAAUUAUGAGAUAAAUAAAAUGAUUAUUGUUUUAA